UUUCUACUUAACUUCAUAUCUGCUUAAUAACAAAGUAAAUUAUUUGAUAGCAGUGAUGGCUAAUCAUUACGAGGUACCCAAUUGGGCUGGGAAGCCACCAGUUGGAUUACAUUUAGAUGUACUGAAGAAUGAUAAAUUAAUUCAAAAAUUAAUGGUUGAUGAAAAAAAGUGUUACUUAUUUGGUCGUAAUCAACAAUUGAAUGACUUUUGUAUAGACCAUGCUUCUUGUUCCCGUGUUCAUGCUGCUCUUGUUUAUCAUAAACACCUAAAUCGUGCAUUCCUUGUUGAUUUGGGUAGCACACAUGGAACUUUUAUCGGCAAUCUUCGUUUGGAACCACAUAAACCCACACAAUUACCAAUCGAUAGUACAUUUCAUUUUGGAGCUUCUACUCGGUAUUAUAUUAUUAGAGAAAGACCUCAAACAGGUACCAGGCCUAUUAUCGAGGAAUUAGAAAAACUAUCAGAAGACACAGAUGCUGGUGGUUUAUUGGGCUUGCCUGAAACAGAGACAGAACUUGAUAAUUUAACGGAAUUUAACACUGCGCAUAAUAGACGUAUAUCUAUGCUCGGUAUAACGGACGACGAAAUUCAUAAACCAACAAGGAAACGAAAGAAAAAAGGAAUUACUUUCAACGAUGACGAGGAAGUAAUAAAUCCAGAAGAUGUCGAUCCGUCGGUAGGAAGAUUUCGUAAUCUUGUACAAACGACCGUCGUUCCAAGUAAAAGAAUGCGUAUGGAAGGAGGUUUAAUAUCCUUAUCAGAAGAUCACAAUCCUUUGAAACACCUUCAACCCACAGCAACUGCACCUCAACUUUAUCAAGAUUUACCCCCGGAACAGUUUACUCCAUCGUCGUUAUCACUUAAUCCAUUUUCUAGUGCUUUGUCUUCGUUAUCGUCUCGGCUUGGUAUUGCAUUGCCGAAUCCAGCACCUGAAGUAGAAAUGACACCUAAUCAAAUACAAACGGAAGCGCCGCACGUACCAGAAAUACAGGGACCUACCGAUACGCGAACAAUGGAACCGAAAAAGAAAAAAUAUGCCAAAGAAGCUUGGCCUGGGAAAAAACCUAUACCAACGCUUUUGGUGUAAUAGUAUUAAGGAGUUUACUUUUGCCAGAUAGUUUGACUAUUUGGAUUUUAAGGAUUAAGUUAUAUAAAAAUAUUUGUGCAUAAAUUCCUCGUAUAAAGAUU